CUUGUCUGUGGUUAGUUUCAACUCGUUCAUCGACGGAAGUGGACGGUUAGCUCAGUGAUUUCUUGUUUUAAACACGAUUUCAAAUAAAUUUGUGCAUACGAAUCGAAAAACAGCUCGCAUUAACGUGUGAUACAGGAAUCUCGGAUUUGAAGAUAUACUAAAUUAUUAAUAGUUGAAAUAGUAACAGUAAGCGUUUUUCUAGUCGAUAUGGAAAGAUCUUCAAAUUUGUUGGUUUCCAGCCCAAAUGUAAAGUAUACGGAUGAUUAUAUUUUCGCCGAUUAUGAUUAUGAAGAAACUCUGGUGACGAAGAAGGGCGACGAUCUGGUGGCAAAACCAUUUAAAACAUCGCUAUGCCUCCGCACUGGUCGCAAGGUGGGCAAACUGGGCAUCAUGUUGGUGGGAUGGGGCGGCAAUAACGGGUCCACAUUCACUGCAGCCGUGUUGGCCAAUAGACAUCAGCUGUCUUGGAACACAAAGAAUGGAACUAUGCAGUCUAAUUGGCUGGGAUCCAUCACUCAGGCAUCCACAGUCCGACUGGGCAUGGAUGAGAAGGGUCAUGAUGUAUAUGUGCCAAUGUCCCACUUAUUACCCAUGGUGCAUCCUGAUGACUUGGCGCUCGACGGUUGGGACAUCAGCCCUCUAAACCUGGCUGAGUCUAUGGUGCGAGCCAAGGUCAUAGACUACGACCUGCAGCAGAAGCUGAGGAAGGAGAUGGCCGCCAUGAAGCCGCGGCCCGCGAUAUAUGACCCUGACUUUAUUGCGGCUAACCAGGCAGACCGCGCGACCCACCUCAUCCGCGGCACGAAAUAUGAACAAUACCUCCAGAUCCGCGCCGACAUCAAGGACUUCAAGGAUCGCCAGAAGCUGGACAAAGUCAUCGUGCUGUGGACCGCCAACACCGAGAGGACAUCAAGGACCGCCAGAAGCUGGAUAAAGUCAUCGUGCUGUGGACCGCCAACACAUGAGCAGUACCUCCCGCUACGCGCCGACAUUAAGGACUUCAAGGACCGCCAGAAGCUGGACAAAGUCAUCGUGCUGUGGACCGCCAACACCGAGAGGGGGAGGAAAGACGAGCAGUACCUCCAGAUCCGCGCCGACAUCAAGGACUUCAAGGAUCGCCAGAAGCUGGACAAAGUCAUCGUGCUGUGGACCGCCAACACCGAGAGAUUCUGUGAGGUGAAGCCGGGAGUGCACGACACGUCGGACAACAUCGAGAAAGCCCUACGCAACAACGAGCCUGAAAUCUCACCAUCCACCAUCUUUGCACUCGCCGCCAUCGACGAAGGGUGUUGCUAUAUCAACGGGUCCCCGCAAAACACACUAGUUGAAGGCGUUGUGGAACGCGCGGAGAAAAACGGAGUGUUCGUGGCCGGUGACGACUUCAAAUCCGGACAGACCAAGCUCAAGUCCGUGCUGGUCGACUUCCUGGUGUCCGCCGGUCUAAAACCGGUAUCAAUAGUAAGCUACAACCACCUCGGCAAUAACGACGGCAAGAACCUCUCAUCGGCCAAGCAGUUUCGCUCUAAAGAGAUCUCCAAGUCCAAUGUGGUCGAUGACAUGGUGGAGAGCAACAGUAUGAUGUACAAGCCGGGGGAGAAGCCCGAUCAUGUGGUGGUCAUCAAAUAUGUACCAUAUGUCGGCGAUUCAAAACGCGCGAUGGACGAGUACACAUCCGAGAUACUCCUACACGGCACCAACACCAUCGUGGUGCACAACACGUGCGAGGACUCGCUGCUGGCGGUACCACUUAUCCUGGACUUGGCGCUGUUGGCCGAGCUGUUCUCCAGGCUGUCUCUGCGCAGGCAGGGGACUGAAGGUGAGCCACACAUGACCAGUACACCUCCGAGAUCCUUCUCUACGGCACCAACACUAUCGUGGUGCACAACACGUGCGAGGACUCGCUGCUGGCGGUACCACUUAUCCUGGACUUGGCGCUGUUGGCCGAGCUGUUCUCCAGGCUGUCUCUGCGCAGGCAGGGGACUGAAGUACACCUCCGAGAUCCUUCUCUACGGCACCAACACCAUCGUGGUUCACAACACGUGCAAGGACUCGCUGCUGGCGGUACCACUUAUCCUGGACUUGGCGCUGUUGGCCGAGCUGUUCUCGAGGCUGUCUCUGCGCAGGCAGGGGACUGAAGAAUGGAGCGGUCUCCACUGCGUGCUGUCGUCCCUCUCGUACCUGCUGAAAGCGCCGGUGGUGCCGGCGGGAGCGCCGGUGAUGAACGCGCUGUUCAAGCAGCGCGCCGCGCUAGAGAACAUCCUGCGCGCCGCGCUCGGCCUGCCGCCGCUGCACCAGCUGCAGCUCGAGCACAAGGUCCCAUUCCUGAUGUCGGAUCUCCGUAGCGGCCGCAUGUUCGCGGGCGGAGCGCCGCCUUCGAAAAAGCAGAAAGUCGCCCACACAAACGGCGAUAAGUAAAUACAAAAAACAAAUCUUAUUACCCUAGUUAGCAAAUAGGCUUAAACAAUAUUUCUAUCGCCCGUAAAGUUAUGGACGACGAAUAUUAAGUUAUUUAUUUAAGGCUUUUUCUACAGCGUACCCGUUUAUAUUCAACUUUAGAGGGAGCUAUACAUUAGGCCAUUUUUUUGUCGUCCAUUUCGUAGGGUUUAAAUAAGUGAAAGCGUGACGGAUGCACGACGUUCCAUGUCGAAAGAAAGAAAGAAAUAUUGUUUGAGUUUAAAACUGCUUAGAGUUGGACCAAGAAAAGUCUGCAGCGAUUUUGACAGCACACGCAGUGCCAGUGUUAUUUAUACGUCAUAAUUUCAUAGAAGUUUGACGUUUAAAAUAACACCUGCACUGCGUGUACUGUCAGAAUCUCUGCAGCCUUUCCUUGGUUUAACUCUAGUUCAUCAGAGCAAAGAGAAUUGAUUGUAAUAAUAGAGAGUUAAAGUCUAAGAAAAAAAACGUGCCCCUUAUUUUGACAUCCAAAACAGAUGGCGCUGUACUGCGCCAUAUACGAUCGCAAAAUGUAUGGAGCUGCACAGCGCCAUCUCGUUUACCUGUCGAAUACGAAGCACGAAAUUGUCUUAGAUUUUACGCAUCUUCAUCAAUCAAUGUACAUUUGAUCAGAGUAAUUGUAAUUUGUAGAGCACAAAUAUAGCUUUGUGUCAGUUCACCUAAUUGUCUUAACAUAUCGCUGGCUCAAUAUUACAAAGUUCUAUGUUACAUUUUCAAGAUAGUUUAAAUUCGACUUAAUUUCACUGUCGGCGCGAUUCGGGAAAUGAAUUAGAAAUUCACUAGAUAUGAAAUAGUAAAGAUAUGUGACGUUCCACGGCAAAAGGUACCUUAAGGCGGCUGGCGCUUACGCUAUUAUAAACACCGCUCCAAUAUUCAGCCGGGGCAAUGGUACCUUUUGCCGUGGAACGUCACAUAUCUUUACUAUUUCAUAUCUAGUGAGUCUCUAAUUCAUUUCCCAAAUCGCGCCGUAUGACGAUGUUCAAAUUUCAGUUCAAUAACAGUGAAACAUAGAACCCUGUAAUAUUGUGCCAGCGAGAUCUAGAUUCAAACUGCCAGAUUUUUAAGAAUAUUAUAUCAAUUUAUAUCUAUUUUCAUUACAUUCUUGCAGGAAAUAGUCAUAGGGGUAAAUGUAAUGUGGUUUUACUAAUUUAUAUCAUAAAUUCUGCUUUUUCUUAGUGAAAUAUAUAGUUUUGUGGAAAAUCUACAACCUCUAAGUUAAUCUCGUGGAGUCCUAGAACUGUCCUAAGUCCUAGAAGUUAUUUUAAAUGUUGGUACUUAACCCCACAGCUUAUUAGCGGCGAAUUAAAUUAUAUAAUGUUUAGAAUUGUUCUUGUUGUACUUUAUCUAUUUAUUUAUUUGAUGGUUGUGGUAAUUCCUCGAAAUUAUACACUUGUUGACAAGCGUGUAUUUUUUAUCAAUGUAAUUUGAAGUUAUUAUCAGACAUCGUAAAUUUUAUAGCAUUUUUGGCGCAGCGGAGUGGUGUUAACUGAAUUGGUAUAGAUAAUUCCAAUGGAAAUGGCAAAUUAAGGUUAAUAUUAACGUAAUUAACGCUAAUUAAUAAUUAGGGUUGAAGUUGUUUAUGCCAAUUCCGUUAACACCUCUCAUCUGCACCGAAAAUGCUAUAAAAUUUACGAUGUCUGGUUAUUAUAGUUAAUUCUCGCAACUGUAAAAUUUAUUUAUUUGUUUUUUACGUUUUGUUUCUGAAUUUAUUUACACCUUUCAUUAACAUCAACGACCAAAUCUCGUCAAUGUCUUCUGAAGAGUCUGUGUUGUGUCUUGAGAGAAUAUAGGUAAUGGUACUUUUGAUGAAUUUACCUAAAUCGAGUGUCAAUAUUACAGAUAGGUAUUUACGAUUUUGACGACUAUAGUAAGUAAUCAAAUUGAACAUUGUUAAUUAACUACAAAAACAUACAUUUUUCGUAUUUUUGUCUUUAGCUCUUAGAGCAUUUAAUAACUGGAGUCGCCUUUAAGAGCUUACGCCUCUGCCGAAAAACUUGCACAAUUGUGCAAACUUUUGUAUGGUCUGACAUGGCUAUUUGUACGUUACAUACAAAUCAUGUCGAAAUAGCAAUACAUUUGACGUCCCGUCCCCCGCAAAAAUCGGCAGACUGUUUCGUACAGAAAAUGACAGCCAUGACGUCUCCAGUUACUAAAUGCUCCAAGCUUUAGCUGUAUGACCGAGCCGGUUAUGUAUGUACAUGAACAUUCACUUUCACAAGUUCAUCUUAGUAUCAUUCCAUUAAAAUUAUACUUUUUGCGUUUUCAAAGAUUGUAUAAGUGAGGCUUCUAUUGCAUUAGUUUUAUGAUUAUUGUGAAACGAAAUCUCUCUAUUGGUUAUUAUAAUUGUAUGUAUUAUUUUAGUACUUAAAAAUAGAAAAGACCAGUGUCUUUCGCAUUUAUAGUCAAAGUAUUUCUUUUUCAACAUUUUUAGUUAUUAGUAGAAAGUCCAAUGAUUAAUCUCAGUAUUUGGUAAGACUUACAGUAUUAUCAUAAAUUAUCAUAUUGCAAUAUUUUUUUCGUUUUUAUAAUAGCUGAGUGAUAUUAAGAACUAAUUAGUUGUUUGUAAAGGCUUCUAAAGACCUUGCAAUAAAUGGAAUCAGAAUCAAGUAUUUUAUUCGUGAUGAACUUAGAACUAAAAUUACAUACAAAAGUAUAACUAAACACUACAAGUAUACAUACAAUUGGUAAGAGUAAAAGUUUACCACGAAAUGGUCUCGCCUCAGCAUAAUACUGACCCAAAAGUCAGCGCUGAUCUUCCGGCGAGACUAUUUGUGGGUCACGAUCGCAGCCGCAAUGGCAUGCGAUUUUAGUUGAUUGAUAGCAAAUUUAGGCCUUAAAAGAAAUCUAGCAGACUUACGUGCUAGAAGUUUAUCCUAACGAAACUUUAUAAAAACUCAGGCUAAAUGAGAAAUAGUAUUUUAGUUAUCUACAUAUGUGAUGUCCAUGGCUGUUAAGUUAAUCAUGCGUAGUUUAACCGUGUUAAUACAUAUUUACACUAAUUUAGUAGCGCGUUUUUAACCUUUUAACCGCCACAGAAUUUUUCAUCGAGCGUGCUCGUACCGCCGGCGGUACGAAGUUACAUGAAAUUUCGUCUUAUUUAUCAGACCGCGGCGAAAUGAGCCCGAUUUUGUAUUUGUUAUAUAUCAGUCUACGGCCUACGGCGGUUAAAAGGUUAAAAACGCUGAAGAAUAUAAGUACCUUCUUAUAUUGCUUCUUCUACUACUGGUACUACGUUCGACGAGGGUCGAGGGCCGUUCGCGCGCACCCGAGCUCCAUACAUCGCUGUCAACGCAUUGUUAGUAGCUCGGUACACGCCAAAGGCCGUCGGACCACUGUUACUUUUUACACUGUGGUAUUACAAUCAAGGCUCGGAACCGGUUUUUUCUUCAUACAAAAAAUACCGUUAUUAUUACGUUCUUUUUCGUUUUUUGUUUUAUUAUUUCGUUUUAAUGGAAUAAUCUAAUAAUGCAAAGUUGUUACCUAAAUACAUGAUUCAGUCCUUCGUAAAGAGCAUAAAAUAAUAAAAAAAAUUAUAUCGGGUCUUUGAAAAAAACCGGUUCCGAGCCUUGUUACAAUUUAUUUUUGUAAGUGAGAUAUAUUAAGCGUACGGACCACUAAACCUUUAGUAUUCUUUUGUAAUGUUUUGAACACGUCACUGUAUCGUUAUCGUCACGUUAAUGUAUUUUUUUAGAUUAAAUAUGUUGUUUGUCAGAUUCGUGCACUGAAAUUCAUGUAACUCAUUUCUAAAUAUUAUACGUUUCACUUGCGUAUGAAAGUUUAUACGUGUAUCAUCUUGUUGGAAAAUAUCUCAACGUCAAAAUUAACUUUCACCGUUAAGGAUGACUCUAACCUAUAACGGUCUAGGUGCGGGACGUGGCUUCCGAUAAUUUGUUUUCUAUGACUAGUGGCUGGUGAUCACUUGACGGUUUUUUAUAAAACUGAAGUGUCGGACGCCUCGGCCCGGACCCGGUCCGUUUUAACGCGAGUCAUCCUUUAUAGUCACAAGAGAAUUAAAGCCAAGACUAGGCUUGAAAAUGUGUUUAUAGAAGGUUCUAGAGCUUACCCUUUAUUGUGUAGAUGUAUCGACCUGUCCUGCGAUGUCUACGUGUUAUUAUCAUAUAUAAUAAAUUUAUUUUGUGAUUGGAAA